AUGGAGGAAGCUAAUGAAUCCGUAAAAACGUCUGCUAUUUCAAACCGAUUAAUCGUCACUAAAGUUCCUGCAGAUGUCUUUUCCCAUUUGGAUGCAAAGCACUUAUUUGAGGAGGUUUUUCGUGCCUACGAUGACACCUGUGAAUUUAUAUACCUUCCAAGCUUUCGUCGUGUGAUUGUAAGUAAUAAUCCUCUGGGAUCGUCGUUCCUUUGUGUAACAAUGUCCUCUACAGACUCAGCCUUCUUAGCACGGUACGAAACGCAGGGCUGGCGAUUACCGAUUGCUGUUACGGACAACGCAAAUAACGAACAUGAAAUUAGAGGCGAUGAAGGAAUUCGCUGUUUUUUCGCUGACGAAAGAGGUGGAGGCGGUGAAUUUUGCAGACGACAAAAACCAAAACGACAAUCUCGGUCAUCACCAAACACCACUUCGUUUGAAGACGAGGACGACGCCCGGGUCACGGAGGAAGAGGGUGCACUCGAAGAUUUCGAGGAAGUUGAGGAUGGCUACGAGCAUCUUGCUCUGCCAAAAGCUGACCGCCUUUUUCUUAUCUCCCCACCAGCCUCCCCACCUGCAGGAUGGGAACUCCGAGUCGAAGCACAGCCCGCCAUCAACUACGACCUCCUACACGCCAUCGCAGCUCUUGAACCCGGGAAGGCCCAUGAACUCCACCCACCCGAAAAAGACCAGCCCAGCAUCGUGGUGACUCCCUGCGAGGGUUCUGCGAAGGCCCUGCCCGACCUCAAAAUCCCCCACACCGCCUGCCCCAAUCACAAAUGCGAGGGUGGCAGUCGUUAG